AUGACAUCGAUUCCUGUGAGGCCCGAUAGGCCCCCUCCUCCGUGUCCCUCCUGGGUCUUCUCUGACAAGUCCGACACCCAUGUUGCCAAAGAUCGCUGUUGGUUUGGUAAAGACUACAUCCCCUUUACAUCCCAUUUCACAGAUAUAACCGGGGGCAGGGCGGAAGUCAUUGGGAUGGGAACCGUCGAUCUCGCCACCAUGAGCCCGCGGACCCAGACUGAUCCGGGUUCGCCUAGCAACCUCCGCUUGAAGAAUGUUCUGCAUGCCCCUGCAGCGCUCUGCAACAUCAUCGGAAAGCCCGUGACGGACGAUUACACUGUUAUACGCGGCUCCACUGACUCAGAUUACCCUGGUUUCAUUGUGAAGAACACUAAUGGUAAUAUCGUGGCCUACUUCAAGCCCAAGGAUCAAGGGCCCGAUCUGUACCAAGUCCAGCUUGGUGAGCCUCCAUUAGGCCAUGAGUUCGGGAUUUCGCCUUUGUGCCCUAACGGGAACUACCUGAUCCACGCCUUCUUUUCCCAGCGUGAACGGCACAGAUUUGUAAUCUUUAAAUUCUCUGGUCUGAUUCGAGCCUCAGGCGUUGAGUCAUUCACCCCGACCGAAAAUAAGUGGUUCAGGAAGAACCGCAUGUCUGAAAAGGCAAUUCGUGUUGCGUACGGGUUGGAUCCCAACAGGAAGGAACAUCAAGAGGAAUGCCGUGCCAUCAUGCGAAUUCUUAAGUGCCAAGCCGAAAAUGAACCGUUCUUACCCUACUAA